UGGGUGUCGUCUACUAAUGAAUGCGCGGGCAGGUGCACACACUUAGCAACAACCAGCUGAAGGCCCGAACCCGGUGGACGCACCAGCAACUAUCCUGUGUGAUGCAGAUUCAACCUGUAGGUGCGCUGUAAGUAACGUACCGAGAUACGGCUGUUGUGGUUUGGGCGUAUUGCCACUUAGGCGCUGGUCACUGGGUCCGGUCACGCAGCGACGCUCGCUCAUCGUCGAGUACCUAGGGCCAUGCCUUCAUACGCAACCCGAUCUCCUAGCAAGAGGGGCAAGGUCGGUACGCCCGUGUCUGCGCCGCGGGCAACUUGGUCUCAGGGAGCUCGAUCGUCCCCGAAGAGCGCUCCGAAGGUGAUAACGAAGGCAUACACUCGAGCCGUGAGCGCGACGCCAGUCAACUCGGACUCGGAGGUACAUGACCGUGCUGGCGCCGCCGGAUUGACCCCAGAUGAGGAAACGCUCUUGGCGCUAUUGCUCAAGAAGCGUUCGACGGAGCAGGCGGUGCGGGCCGAGCGUAAAAGGACGGCCCCGUCGACUGUUGCGACGGAUGAAGGGGACCAGCCGUUGCGCAAGAAAGCGAAGAAUGUCUACGACGCAGAGUCCAGCACAGAGGAAGGGGAAGAUGAUGCGCGCGUCGACAGAGAGCUGCAGUUGAGCGAUGAUGAUACGCAGAGUGAUGCUUCGGACAAGUGGUACGACAACAAUGACACCAGUAGCGACAAUUCGGACGACGUCGUGGUUCCUGGACUGCGCACGAAGGGGAUCGGGUUUUACUCGAGGAUCAGUCGCAUCAAUGCUACCGAGCUGCCUGCAGAUCUCAAGCCCCUUGUGACCGCGGCGCGGCAUCACUUACUCCUCCGGCUUGCAUUUCAGACCGCUUGGAUCUCUGACGGAAGAGUGGUCAGCUCGCGGCUAUCCAGUAAUCGUGAUCUUGUGGCUUCUGCACUCAAGGACACUGGUAAUACACUUGGCAAGGAUGACAAGAUCAAGAAGGGGUAUCAUAUGUUACAGCGAGGCAAGCCAAGUGACAGGCAGGAACUUCAGAUGAAGGUGAAUGGAUUGGUGAGUGGGCAACCUUUUUUCGAGUGUUUUGCUGUAUGAUUGUCCACAGAUUUGGUCAGCAUCUGUACAUAUGCACAACGACAUCAAGAAUAAGGCCCAGAAGGUGGUGC